AUGUUAAAUGAUAACCAUACCAGUUCUAACAUCUUUUCUCAAUUAAAUAGUACCAACAAUGAGUCACUUGACAUCUUUAUUUCUCAUGAGAAUGACGGUGAAAUAGUUGUAAAAUAUAAUUUCAGUGUAAAACCACUUGAAGUUUAUUCAAAAUGUACAAAUCCAUUGAAUGGAAGUUUGAGCAAAAAUGUGAUGUGUGAUUUUUUUGUAAACUGUGACGGACAAAUUAGAGAUAUUGACUUAUUACAUACUUUGGUGUAUUCUCAGCUUGAAAAUACACUAUUAAUUCUAGUGGCUGUAAACUCCACUUCUCACUAUUUCACAAAUGAGGACAACUAUUACACUUUUCUACAGCUUUAUUACCUCAACUUUGAUCCGAAAAACCCUGAAAAUAUACAAAAUAACUCUUUAAAUCUCUUAUCGCUAUUCCCAAUAAAGUCAGAUUACUGUGUACAACUCAAAUGGUUGCAAGUAAAUUAUGAUACUGGUUUCCUCUUUGCAGUUCUGCUCUUCAAAUCUGGAAAAGUCAAAAUCGCCAGAUUUAACGUCAAUUCACUGUCAAAUUUGUUCAAAUCUAAUCAAAUUCAUCAGAAAGUUCUGGAAUUAGAAUUUGUUUGGGGUCAUACUCAAAAUGUUACUUACACUAAUAAAAUCAACUGUUUUGAUAUUUCAUACAAAGUUGUUGAAUCUUUGAUCACAUUGGUUUGUGGUACGAAUGAUGGGUUUCUGUUGAUUUGGGAUUUUAACUUAAACUUGUUCAAUUCUAAAACUAAUAGUAUUGACUCAGAAGAUGUUGUGGAAGUCGACUCUGAAGUGGUAAAUUCCUUUAAAACACUAGCAAUACUAACCGGCGUUAACAACACUCUCGUCUACAGGGGAAUUUUAUCCUUAAAUUUUAUUCCGUUUCCAAACUCUUUUAUACUCUCAAUUGGCACCUUUUCAAAAGGAAUAAUUUUAUGGGAUAUUAGAUGUAAUUGUGACGGCGAAUUGAGAACAUAUAAUAACAUAACAAAACCGGUGAAUAAAGUGUCUUGGAGCAGGAAUAGUCAGUACUUGUUUGGUUGUACUUCCAGUGGUUUAUGCAUUGACUGGCAGAACAACCCGACUGCAAUGUCAAUUAACUCAACCAAACUCACUAAGGAGAAAACCAACAGCGUUUGGGAGAACAUUUGCUGGAGUGCGGACUCAUCUGAUGACACUUUAUCAUUCGUUUUCGACUCUGGCGAGCACAUUCAACUUCUAACGUCAAACUUAAACAAGAGAAAUAUGUACAACGGCUUCACUCUUUACAAAUGGGACUUAAUAAAACAACAGAAUGAUGAAGUUGAUGUGUACAAAUGCUCAGAUUCAAUGAUUGGCAGUUUAAACUACUCAAUGAAGAAUAAGUUUAUUAAGGAUCUAAACUAUAGUAGGAAGGUUGGGAUCUCGAUAAGGAAAUUCACCAGCUCUUCAAACAGUUAUAACAUGGAACUAAGUGACCAAAAUCCCCUGAAAGUCAGAAGUAAAAUCUUCUCACUCAACACGUACUUUUAUAACAUUUUACACCUUCCCUAG